UAUAAUUUUUGAAGGAAUCUUACAAAAUCUGAAGAACUUAAAAUUUUUCCUCCAUAAAUUUAAAUAAAGGAAAAAUUCUGUAUACAAAAAUAUGAGAAUUUUAUUCAACAGGUUAGACAACUUUUAAAUUUCCCUCAAUUUGCGCCUAACCUAACCUGGAUGUUAUAAUGGCGUUUGCAUCAUCGGUGUUUGUUUCCAUGACAACUGAUGACAACUGCAUUUAACAACAUCAAUUUACAUUAGAAUAGAUUGUGUUCCAUUGAUAUGAGAGAGAAUUGUUUAUUUAUACAUAAAAUGCAAUCAAUACUUUGAUUUAAUAAUGUGAAAAGAAAGUGAUAAUACGUGUAAUCAUAUUUGUACUAAUUUAUAUUCUGUUAAAUUGUAAUUAUAAAUAUGUACAGUAUAUAGUAGUAAUAUAAUAGACGAUGACUUUGUAUUUUGACAUACGAGUGCAAAAUCCCGAGAGUGCUUCCAUAAGCACCCUCGCAACUUGGCACAAUAACUAUCCUCUGUUAGCUGUCGCCGCGUACUCUCAAGACAAGGGUGGUUUCGUAACCAUCUAUGAUGAUCAAGGUGAACCUGUACAAGACGUCGAGUCACCAGGACACGCGGUGGCACAGGUCACUGCUCUCGGAUGGCAUCCCGAAAAGACAUGGCUAGCAGCGGGUUGGGAGAACGGGGAAUUACGAGUGUGGCCAGGGGACACUGGGACUCAGGAAUUCAAUGUAGUAGUGACUCCUCAUCGAGAGUCCAUCAUGAUUCUGCAGUGGAGUCAAUAUGGUGGCCGCUUGGUAUCAGCGGAUAGUGGUGGUUUUAUAAUCGGUUGGAAGAUAGACUCCAAAGGACAACUCUUCAUGACGUUUCAUCACGAACUGAAGGAAUCUUUUACACAAAUUGCAUUCAGAACAGUCCCGCUAAAACCAGCCAUUGAUAUUAGUGGUUUAGCAAAGGCGGCAGUAGCCGGUGAUGAGAGAGCCUUGGAUCUAUUCAGUUCCUGGCGUCCGAGAACUGCCGCUCCAACAGCAGUCCCCGCACAGCGGGACAACCAUUCGUUUUACAUUGGCACUUUAAAUGGCAUCAUAUAUUUUGUCGAUGCUCAAGGACAAUGCAAGGAAGUUCUUUCUACUGAUGGUGCAGCAUUAAACUGCUUAUUGUAUCAUCAGACUAGAGACUCUAUCAUUGUUAUGACAGAAGGAUUGAACAUUGGACACUUUCAAGUAAACCCAAUCAAUGGAGAACUCACCGAAUUGACAAAGGUAAAACUAAGCGGCAGAAGCGAUGUGUCACGCGCCACCGGUACCGUUCUGUGUUGGAUUGGUGGAAACACAUUGUCCGUGCUCACAGGAGAGCUCGCUGUACGAUGUUGGGAUCUUCACACGGGCGACACGUACGUCCUGUCGCCUCCGGAUUCGUCCAACGGAAAUAUCGCCACUCCUCAAGAAAUGUUCACUAGCUUGACGUUUUGUAAGGGCAAUGACACCUUGGCCGCCGGCACCAACUUGGGCACGAUCUAUUUAUGGAAGCGAAAAUGUGUGUCUGACUGUGAUGAGAAUUCUUGGCCGAGUAUCCCGGAAUCCUGCACGAUUCACGGCACGGUGAAGCAAUUGGUGUGGGGCGUCAGUUUAUCACGGAACUCUCUUUUGGCCGUUAACUGCAUCACCAAUGUGUUUAUCCUGCAUCAACAACCGAUGUGUGCCGUAUACAAUGACGGCGUUUGCGCGAGCCAGCUCACUCCGACACAGAUUCUGCUCGAGAUGGACGAGCAGAUGUAUACUCUAAAGACGGAGAUGCAGGUGCAAGUCAUCGCUGUAUCAAGGGAAUACAUUGCUGUAUCUUCUGGCAGACAGAUCAACGUUAAUCGCAUCAACAAGGGUGCCAAUCUCAAUACGAACGUAUUGGCAACCUUCAGCUGUGAUACAGAAAAGAUGUUGAUAUACGAGCACACAUUGAUUGUGUUGACUCCAACGAUAAUUCAGCUGCGCUCUAUAGAAGGUUCCGUUAUUCAGACGCUCCCCACUUUGCCAGAGGAAGGCGAACCGAUCACAAUGGAAUUAACAGGGCAUUAUUUAACUGUAGCAUCGUUAAACGGCAUUCUAAAAAUUUGGAAUUUGGGCAAACACGAGGCUAAGCUACACACUCGCGCCAUGGCGACGUAUGAAGCGAUUAGUGAUUUUGCCGAAAUUAUUGAGGCCAGAUGUAAUUCGGAUUGUCGCUGCGUCUCAAUUACCGUCGCCAUGGCGAAUCUUAUGCCCAGUUCGGUUUUAUAUAUUUGGGAUAUCGAAAGCGAUCAGAUUCAUGAAUUUGAUUUUGGAGAAUCAAACGACUUAGUUGACGAUGAUAUGUUAGUUGCGCAAUGCAAAGGAAGGUUGAUCACAGCGCAUUGUUGGGACGUGGAGGAUCCCAGGCUAUUAGUAUGUCGAGCUCAGAGAUUGGAAAGCCGUGAUUCCAAGAGUUUCAAUAAGGACAAUGAUCGGACUGUACAAGCCUCUGUCGUGUUAGUAUCAUUAUUUGCGACGUCCGAUCACGGUAUAGUAAUACAGGAUGUGAAGCCGAUCACAGAUGAGAAUUGUCGAUUGUUAGGUGUGCGUUCGCCACAUAUUGUUAUCCUGAAUUCUGAAAAGAGUUUGGAUAGGAAUAGCAAGAUCAUACAGUUAUUAAUGAGAGACUUUGAGGAACUGGGAGAUUGCGAUUCCAUUACCAAGAAAGCAGUGAUGGACUUUAGUUAUCAUAUUAGUGUGGCAAACAUGGAAGAAGCCUUUAAAGCCAUUAAAUCUAUAAAGAAUGAGGCUGUUUGGAAGAGCUUAGCCAAAAUGUGCGUGAAAACAAAGCAACUAAAUAUGGCACUCCUAUGCUUGGGUCAUAUGAAGCAAGCUAAUGCCGCGCGGGCUUUACGCGAAGCGAUGCAGGACGAUAGCUUGAACUUGGAAGCGCAAGUAGGAAUUUUGGCCGUUGAACUUGGCCUUCAUAUUGACGCUGAACGUCUAUUUCGCGAAGCGAAACGUCUGGAUCUACUGGGACGACUGUAUGAAGCACGGAACAAAUUUAAAGAAGCAAUCGAGUUAGCUAACAAUGAGAACAAGAUCCGCGAAAAGACGAGUUAUUACAAUUACGCUCGUGCGCUGGAGCAACAGGGUAAAAUGGCGGAAGCUAUCGAUAUGUAUACGAAGGCCGAUUGUCAUCGAUUCGAAGUGCCCAGGAUGCUUUUGACGAGACCUCGAGAGUUGCUUACGUAUUUAAAUAAUUCCGAAGAAUCGGAGAUUAAGAAUUGGCAUGCCCAAUACACCGAAUCGACUGGUGACAUGGAGACUGCUCUACAUCUGUACGAACAAGCCAAAGAUACUCUCUCGAUGACGAGGCUGCUUUGUUACUUUGGCAGAGAAGAUGAAGUGUGCGAGCUGGUGACUAGAACAAAUCACGCUGCAGCGGCAUAUCAUCUUGCUGCACAUUACGAGUCGAAAAAUAAUGUGGUACAAGCGGUUCAUUUCUACACGGUUGCUAAAGCUUACACUAAUGCAAUACGACUGUGCAAGGAACAUAGCAUGCUAGAAGAAUUGUGGCCAUUGGCUAUACUAGCACCGCGGCACUCACAGAUAGACGUCGCUAAGUUUUAUGAGGAUAAUGAUCAACCGGAUCGCGCGGUGCUGUUGUAUCACAAAGCUAACCUUCUGCACAAGGCUUUGGACGUUGCGUUCCGAAUGCGACAGUACAGUGCGUUACAACUAAUCAUCAUGGACGUGAACGCUGAUUCUGAUCCGGCGUUAAUCCAUAAAUGCGCUGAUUACUUCAUGCAGAACGACCAGAUCGAUAAAGCGGUGGACUUGCUCGCAAUCGGCAGGGACUACAUGGCGGCUUUAGAUCUGAUUCAACAGCAUAACGUCGUGUUGAGCGAGGAACUUGCAGAGAAGUUGACGGUCGAGAAAGGAAGCGACGAUGAUGCUGAGCACGAACGUACAAGGAUUUCUACGCUCGAAAAAAUCGCGGAGAUCGCCUUCGAGCAAGGAAACUACCAUCUUGCGACCAAAAAAUUUACACAAGCUGGUAACAAGCUGCGUGCUAUGAAGGCGCUGCUCAAGUCCGGAGAUACCGAAAAAAUCUGCUUCUUUGCACAGGUCUCGCGGAAUCGCGAAAUCUACAUCAUGGCGGGCAAUUAUUUGCAAUCUCUGGACUGGCAGAAUCAACCAGAAGUUCUGAAGAAUAUAAUCAAUUUCUAUUCCAAGGGAAAGGCUAUGGAUCUACUGGCGAAUUUUUACGUGGCUUGUGCGCAGGUAGAGAUUGAUGAGUUUCAAAAUUAUGAAAAGGCACUAGACGCGCUGAAUCAAGCGAGUAGGUGUCUAUCCAAGGUGAUGACACCGCGAGAUCCCGAUGUUCACAAGCGAGCGGUGGAAUUGGUGAAUAAUAGAAUGUCGGCGAUUAAACGCUAUUUGGACAUUAAAAGAUUGUUCGAGAGAAGUGAAACAGAGACGGCGAUGCAACAAGUUCGUCAUCUACUAGACUCUCAAGGACCUAAUCUGGAACAGUCGGUGCGUCAUGGUGAUUUAUUUGCAAUGAUUACACAACAUUAUGCUAAUAUAGGAGACACCGAGAAAGCUUGGGCGACCAUCGAAGAAUUGAAACGUCUAGUACCAGGAAUUAAUUUAACUUAUUAUUUUAAUGUAAAUCUUCUAGAAGCGUUGGGCUAUAAAAUGAAAGUGCAUCGGCAAGACAGUUCCGACAAAGACGAUGGAAUCGAAGAACUUUUAGGAGAGUAAAACUUUAUUAACCGGGUAACAGUUGUCUUUGUUCGUAUAAACGAUUAUCUGAGAUAUUUUUAGAUCCCAAUUAAAAAUCGCUACAAUUACAUGUUGUAUAUUUAUUGGUUGUUGUAUAAUUUAUAGUAUUUGACAUUAUUACGUAUAUUUACUCGGUAUUUUUAAAAAUGUAAAAAGAAAUAAAAAAUAAAUAUGGAUUUUUGAUCAAUAAAGAAAAUUAUUAAAUAA